GCGCUCGGAGCGGCCCUAGGGGCAGGUCCUCGGCGGCCGCUGAGAAGUAGGCGGCGGGGGACACCCCAGCGCAGCCCCGGGGCCCCACGCGGCACUCGGCGGCGACAGCGACAGUGGCAAAGGAGCGCGCGAGUGGGCGCCGGAGGGGACCUGAAAGCACCUAACCCGGAGCGCCCCUCCUGGAACCUCGGGUGGGUGCCGGCGGCACAGGACCCCGGACCUCUGUCGACUGAAAGAGAGCUCAAGCUGCAAUUGAUUGGGCCCCGCCGGGCGGGCGCGUGUGUCCCGGGGAGCGGGUGCGGAAGGCAGAAGGGCAGGAAGUCGGCGUUCUGCAGCGAGGGUGGCGCGACCGCGCGGGGACCGAGCCUUCCUUAUUUAUGUGCUUGCCAGCGCCCGUCUGCUUCCUCCGAAGACUUCAGGGAGAGUGUCCGAGCUGCCAUCCCCACGUGUGAGGACACAAGGCUGGAUGUCAGAACAACAUGCUUAUUCAUUAAACUCCAAACUUUUCUUUUUUUAAACCCAAAGAAUAUCGGUGGCUUUUGCCCACUGCUAGAAGAGGGAGCCCAGGGCUCUUGAGAUGCUACAGAAUCCGUAUUUAUAACCAGGCCCAGUAGUGCUAUGCAAGCCCUCUCCCCUCAGUAAGUUCUCUAGCCUAUGGAUCUCGCUUUUGAGCUGUGAGAGUAGACUGCACGCUCUGCACUGGGUCCCACAACUUCCAUCCUUUCAAUGCCCUGUUAUUUUUGGGACUGCUGGCCUUCCCUGGAGAUUAGAGCGGUCCUGUGUGCCAUGGGCUGUAUUCAGAGCAUCGGAGGCAAAGCCAGAGUCUUCCGGGAAGGGAUUACCGUGAUUGAUGUGAAAGCCUCCAUCGACCCCAUCCCCACCAGCAUCGACGAAUCCUCCAGCGUGGUACUCCGCUACCGGACACCCCACUUCCGGGCCUCAGCCCAGGUGGUCAUGCCGCCCAUCCCCAAGAAGGAGACCUGGAUUGUUGGCUGGAUUCAGGCGUGCAGCCACAUGGAGUUUUACAACCAGUAUGGGGAGCAGGGCAUGUCUAGCUGGGAGCUCCCCGAUCUUCAGGAGGGAAAAAUUGAGGCCAUCAGUGACUCGGAUGGGGUGAACUACCCCUGGUAUGGCAACACGACGGAGACCUGCACGAUCGUGGGGCCCACCAAGAGAGACUCCAAGUUCAUCAUUAGCAUGAACGAUAACUUUUACCCCAGUGUCACGUGGGCCGUGCCCGUCAGUGAGAGCAACGUGGCCAAACUAACCAACAUCUACCGGGACCAGAGCUUCACCACGUGGCUGGUGGCCACCAACACCUCGACCAACGACAUGAUCAUCUUGCAGACCCUGCACUGGCGCAUGCAGCUCAGCAUCGAGGUGAACCCCAACCGACCCCUGGGCCAGCGCGCCAGGCUUCGGGAGCCCAUUGCCCAGGACCAGCCGAAAAUCCUAAGCAAGAACGAGCCCAUCCCGCCCAGCGCCCUGGUCAAGCCCAAUGCCAACGAUGCUCAGGUCCUCAUGUGGCGGCCCAAGUACGGGCAACCGCUGGUGGUGAUCCCGCCCAAGCACCGGUAACAGCCAGGCCCGCUGCCAGCCAGCUGAGACUCACGGAACAAUAUUACUGCUCAGAAGGAAACCCCGAUGCCCUCUCCGGUCAUUCACAAAAAUACAACCAUUCUACCUUCUCCAGGGGUGAUCUCACUGUGCUAACCCGCUGGCCUCCUGGCUCUUCCAUCUGCUUCCCUGCAGGGAGUUGGGGGUCCCGUAGGACAAACAGGCGCCCAACCCAGCCCCAACUCCCCUCCUCUCCCCUCACAAUCUCAGUUGUCUGUUGCAGCUGAUUUUCUGAGACACUGCUUUUCUUUUUUCUUUUUCUUUUCUUUUUUUUUUUUUUCCUCUCUAUGGGAUUCAGGGGCAGGAGAGGCGGGAGACGGCCGGUUGUGAGGGGGCCCAGCCCGCCCCUCUCGCCUCCUCCCCUCUGUCUGUCCUCUGCCAUGCGGCCUUAUGUAGACUCGCUUUGCCAAACUUUUGCCUUAAGCUGAAUUUAAAGGAGAGAAGGAAAAGGAAAGGUCAAGGAUCUCUGCUCCCCAGGGGCUGCCCUCUUCUGCCAGAGUUGGAGAGAGUGGCAGGGCCAGAGGGAGGUCCACCUGAACCCCUCUUCCAGGGUAUUAGGGUUGAGGGGCAAGAAUGGGGACUCAGGUCUAAAACCAGCUGUUUUAUUCUGUCAUUGUGGCAGAAUCAAAACCACAGACUCUUCCUAGAGCCCCUACUCUACCCCAGGAGAACCCCUCUCCAGUACCCACUGGGGUAUGAGCUGGGCAUAGAUCCUUGAUCCCUCCUCUCUCCUCAGUAGCCUUAACUUGCCUGGUGAAGGUAUUCUGGGAGAAGGAAGGGGAGGUCCCAAAGUAUUAGGUCAGGGCUAGGGAACUUUCACCUUUGCUGUCUCCUGAACCCGUCCCUAGGUGUGUGGCUUUUCCUCUUCCAUUUACCUUGGUCCCAAAUGCCUGGCAGGGUCAGCUGGGAGCAUUGCCACGAAUCAGUCUCAGCUGUCCUAAGGUAAAGAAGGUGUGCCCUUCCCUCCUGGCCAGCAUUGUCACACUCGAAUCUGGGGUUUCAGCACCCCAGGAUGCCCAUCUGCUAGCACACCGAAUAGAAGCUGUGACAGGGCUUCAGGCUCAUUCUCAGGGGAAGCAACGCCCAGACUCUCGGGGUGGGGGGAGAAGGGGGCUGCAGAUAAGCUCCAAGCACCCGUUGGAGGCUGCUUGGCCACCUCCCCUCCCAAUCAUAGGUGCUCCUGGGGGUGGGGAGGUCUGGGGAGUAGUCAGCUGACUCAAGAGGGAAGCCCAGGCCCAGAGCUGGAGACCUCGCGCUUGGGAGGUGCCAGGCUAUUGUAAAACUUGCUUGACACGUGGUGGUCAGUCUUGGGAUCUACCUUUUGGAGCCCGAGAACUUGGCCUUGUAGGAUGCCAAGGUUUCCAGCAAUGUCUGCUUUGUGCUGCUUGAGGGAUACUUCUUGAAGCAUGCCAACAGCUGUAUCACUGGACCCCAACCAAUAAUAAGCACAGAAAACUGUUAUCACAAGGAAAAUAAUGUCUUUUGCUGCUGCUGAGCCUCAUUAGGGGAGCCUUGGUGACAGCGAGGGAGGACACAGCUAGAACCCAGCUCUGUUCCUACACCUGGGACGCAUUUCCUUCAGGGGUGCUUCAUGUCCGCUCAUUCUCAGGCCACCAGAGCUGGGGGCUGCAGUCACCUGGAGGACACUGAGCCAAGUGUGCCAAGGGCGUGGUGGGUGCUGGAGAGCUGCUUGUCAGGGCUGGAGCUCCCUGGAGCUUUCCCCUUCUGUGUGUGGAGGCUGUCGCCUUAGCUGGGAAAGCCAUGGGGGUCCCAGCCCCACACUAGCUCAGGGCUAGCCUGGAAAUACCUUCUUGGCAUCCAGGACUUCCUUGCCCUAAAGAAAAGUGAUGGGUCCUGGUGAGGGCCGGGAGGAGAGCCCUUGUCCUGGGCUGUCUGCUCUUUACGGGUUUUUUUCCUGGAGGUGGGGCCGGGGAUGGGAAUGAUAGUGAGGGUGGCCUGAACUGCUCUGGACAUGGGGACCCCCAAGCCCACAUUUCUUGACAUCCUUCCCCACUGCAUGCCUCGCUUUGCCCACUUGGCUUCCUUGGCUCCCCUUCCUUUCCUGUCCUCCUGCCUGGCAAAAGACAGGGCUAGGGAGACCCCCAGAGAGGCCAUGUGGGUCUAGCCGAGAACACCCAGCUUCUCUUGGGCUGUCCCCUCAGCUCAUUGCCUCAUGUUGUUGACAGACCCCAGGCUUUCCUCUACUGCUGUCCCUCACGCCCAUGCCCACCCAGGCGUGGACACUCACUCUUUCCAGCAAUAAGCACCAACCGUCCUUGGUCAUGGAGAGUACUGUGAACACAAACCCACGCGUGCACUUACCAGCAGGCGCAAGACUCUUGAAGACAAUGUCAAACAAACCUUUUUUUAAAAAAAGUUUAAAAUAAAAGUUAUA